CUUCUCUCGAACUCACAAACUCUUAACUCCUUUGAACCCUAAACCCAAACCUUCUUCCAUUCUAAAUAUGAAUAGCAUCAAAUAUGAAGAGGAAUAUAUUCUCAACUCUAGAGGAUUGAAGCUCUUCACAUGCCAAUGGAUUCCCACAAACCAAGACCCAAAAGCUUUGAUCUUCCUCUGCCAUGGUUAUGCCAUGGAAUCUAGCAUCUCAAUGAAAGGAACUGGGAUUCGACUUGCAGAGGCUGGCUUUGCAGUGUAUGGGAUUGAUUAUGAAGGCCAUGGAAAGUCCUCUGGAUUGCAAGGAUACAUAUCCAGUUUCGAUGAUCUCGUUAGCGAUUGCUCUGAACAUUUUACAAAUAUUUGCGAGAGUAAGGAGAACAAGAGGAAGAAGAGAUUUAUACUCGGUGAGUCCAUGGGAGGAGCUGUGGUCCUAAAGUUACAUAGCAAGAAGCCCCAUUAUUGGGAUGGAGCUGUUUUGGUUGCACCUAUGUGCAAGAUUGCUGAAGAAAUGAAGCCUCAUCCAGUGGUCAUAAAUGUUUUAACCAAGCUAUGUAGAAUUAUUCCCACAUGGAAAAUUAUUCCCACCCAAGACAUCAUAGACAAAGCCAUAAAGAAUCCAGAAAAGAGAAAAGAGGUCCGCAAUAAUCCUUAUUGCUACAAAGGCAAGCCUCGCCUAAAGACUGGUCAUGAGUUACUCAUGGUUAGCCUAGACAUUGAGAAGAACCUAAAUCAGGUAUCAUUGCCGUUCAUGAUCGUUCAUGGUGGAGAUGACACCGUUACAGACCCGUCAGUCAGUCAAUCUUUGUAUGAGACUGCAUCGAGCAAAGAUAAAACUUUCAAGCUCUAUCCAAAAAUGUGGCAUGCAUUAACAUCUGGUGAAUCACAGGAGAACAUUAAUCUUGUAUUCUCGGAUAUAAUCACUUGGCUAGAUGAGAGGUCAAUGACGAUAAAUCUCAAAUCCGAGUUGGAGCACAAGGCAAUUCAUGAUGCAAAAAUAUUUUGAUAGGAUAUGUAUAUUUUUGACCAAAAUGUAGUGAAAAGACAACUAGUCGAUCAUAACAAUUUAUUGUUAUGAUGCAAAGAAACAAAUUAGGAUAAGAGUCAUUUGUGAUUUAUUUUACAAUUAGUUGUUUAUCAAGCAAUAAUGAAAGCAAGUUGAUGUACAGCGUAAAGAUUGGGAUAAGGGGUAUCUUAUUCACCUUAUCCCAGGAUUAAAGUUAUGUGGAUGAAAAUAUUUGAAAUAAAUAGUGAGUAAAUAUUGUUUAAUUGAA